AGCAUGCAACAUCGCCCUUGUACAAUACUAAAUCACUAAGACUCCGCCUUCGCCACUGUGCAAUACUAAUCAUCAUGGCAACUUCAGCCCUGUUUCUUAUAGCGUUAAUAUACGCUUUGCAGCUAUCUGCAGGCGAAGCGGCAAUUGAACCUGCUACAAAGCAGGUAGAGCUAAAGACUGGAGCUAUACCUUUCUUUGACAUCAAGGUAGCUUACAAACUUUACGAUGUAGUGAACCCGGGACAGCCAGAAGCUGAUCGGGGCAACCCGACGGCCAUUUUCUUGCAUGGCGCCAAGUACACGUCGGACUUCUGGCUCAAGCUGGGGACCCUUAAGCUGGUGGCGGAGUCUGGGGUGCGGGCGAUGGCCAUCGACCUGCCAGGCUUUGGCGACACCCCGGCUCUGCCGUACAGCGACAACAACAUGCGGUCGGAGCUGCUGAAGACCGUCAUCGAGGCCGCCUGGCCCAAAGUCAACUCCACGAUCAUCCUCAUCUCACCCUCCAUGAGCGGCCGCUACUCCCUCCCCUUCCUGGACCGUCACGGCACCAUGCUGAGCUCCUUCGUGGCAGUGGCACCCAUCGGGGUCACGGACUGGGGCGGACCAUGGGAGGACGUGCACAGAUUCGUGUGCGCGCUGGGUGUGUACGGCGCCAACGACAAGCUGGUUCCCGAUGCGGAUCGCCUCCUGCGGCUGUUCCAGCACACCUGGAAGGUUGUCAUCCCGGGUGCCGGCCACCGCAGCUACGAGGACAAGCCAGACGUCUUCCACAAUGUCCUGAUCACCUUCAUGCGCAAGUGCCGGCGCACCCCCAACAGCGGCCACGAGGUGAUGUCGGAGCACGGUAUCGAGCUGGUCAAGACGCUGCGGGAUGCGGAGAAGGCUGUCACCGCCGCGUAGGAGUGAGAUGGCUUGGGAAGGCAGCAGCAGCAGCAGAGAGGAAGAGGAAGAGGAAGAGGAGAAGGCGGCCGCCGCGUAGGGGUGAGGAGAGGACUCGAGGACUACGUAAGGAGGCUGCAGAAAAGCAGCAGAGAGGAGAAGGGGGACGAGAUGUGGAGGGAAAGGGCGGACUGCAUGCGCUUAGAGAGGAGGCAGACGGAGGAGGAGAGAUGCGGAGGGUGUAGUGAGCCCUCAAGAGGAAGAGAAGGAGGAGGAGAGGUUAGGGACAGGUACGAGGUGUGGGAGGAGGCGCGCGAAGGGAAGAUGCGGCGGAGGUGAAUUGGGGCAGCCGUUGGCUUUACAGGCCACAUGGGUUGGGUGGCGGUGGCCUCGUGCGUGCCCUGUUUGGGGUUUACCGUGAUUACUGUGCCACACAACUACUGGUAAGCGGGUAUCCCGGCACGGG